CUUUGUCCGCCGCUGCCGGCGGGAGCCGCUCGUCCCGGCGCGCCGGUUUGAGGCAAUUGUCUGGCCAGGAUGAGCUGGAGUUUCCUGACGCGGCUCCUGGAGGAGAUCAACAACCACUCGACGUUCGUGGGCAAGAUCUGGCUGACCGUCCUCAUCGUCUUCCGCAUCGUGCUGACAGCCGUGGGGGGCGAGUCCAUCUACUACGACGAGCAGAGCAAGUUUGUCUGCAACACGCAGCAGCCGGGCUGCGAGAACGUCUGCUACGACGCCUUCGCCCCGCUCUCUCAUGUCCGCUUCUGGAUCUUCCAGAUCAUCAUGGUGGCCACGCCAUCAGUGCUCUACCUGGGCUUCGCCAUGCACCGCAUCGCCCGCAUGCCUGAGUCCUCACGGCGCCGGGCACCAGCAGCCCAGCGGGCCCGCAUGCCGGUGGUGCGCCGGGGAGCCGGGCGGGACUAUGAGGAGGCAGAAGAUGAUAACGAAGAAGACCCCAUGAUCUUUGAGGAGAUUGAGGUGGAGAAGGAGAAAAGCCCGGAGGGCGGAGAGAAGCAUGAUGGCCGGCGCCGCAUCAAGCAGGACGGGCUGAUGCGUGCCUACGUCCUGCACUUGCUGUGCCGCUCGCUGCUGGAGACUGCUUUCCUCUUCGGGCAGUACCUGCUGUACCGCUUCGAGGUGAGCCCCUCCUACGUCUGCAGCCGCAGCCCCUGCCCACACACGGUCGACUGCUUUGUCUCCCGCCCCACUGAGAAGACCAUCUUCCUCCUCAUCAUGUACGCCGUCAGCGGGCUCUGCCUCUUCCUCAACCUCUGCGAGCUCGUGCACCUUGGCGUGGGGCGCAUCCGCGACGCCCUGAGCCAGCCCGACGGCCCCCCCCUCCCAGCUGGCGGCAGCCCCGCGCCGCAGUACCCCAAGAAAGCCCCCGGCGCACCCCCCACCUACCACUCGCUGAAGAAGGAGCCGCCGCGAGCCCCGCUGCCCGACGGCAAGCUGGACUACCGGGAGAGCCUGGCCCAGGCGGCGGGGCGCUUCGCCCUGGCUGGGGCUCCGCCGGCGCACGAGCUGGACCGGCUGCGCGAGCACCUGCGCCUGGCCCAGGAGCACCUGGAGGUGGCCUUCCAUCUCCAGCCCCCGCCGCGGCCCCCCAGCCCUGCCCGCAGCAGCAGCCCCGAGGCCAACGGCAUCGCCGCCGAGCAGAACCGCCUCAAUCUCGCCCACGAGAAGGGGACCGCCACCUGCGACAGGACCACGGGGCUGUGAGCGCCACCAGGGACGACGGCGGUGUCUGCCGGAGCGGCUGCCGCUGCCACCGUGGGGCGGGCAGCCUGCCAGGAGCGUGGGGCGGAGGGGAUCCGCCUGCCUGUCCGGUGGGGCU